AUGGAUACCGCAAACGUAGGAUAUUCGUACCAUCUGCCCAGUGGCGGAUGGAAUUACAAAAUUCGUAAUACGCUGUCCCAAUUUAGUGAUUUAUUUAGUGAAUUCAACAAAUAUAUAGCACCAGCUUACCACCACGAUCGUUGUGAAAGAUCAGUUCAAAUGAGGAUUUAUUCAAUGCACAAAGGAGAAUUCGUGAUGGUUUUUAUAGCAUUUUUUGCUUGCUUUGGCCUUGGUGUAUUUAUAGGGUUAGCAGGUCCGUCUCCAACAUUAACAACGUCAGUGUCCAGUGGUGUGAAUGCCAGUUCCUUGGCCCACGGACCUUACCGCCUUCGAAGCCCCGCGAUGGGAGCCCGCGCUCAGCAGCUGUGGCUGUUAGCGGAAAUACUCACAGAUAAUGACGACGAAGAGAUAUUCGACAAGAGCUUUCAAAUAAGUAUAUCAAUAGACGGCGUGUUGAGUGAUCACACGACCGUGACACUCCUACCCGAGUCGGAGGCGACUAACAGGACACAACAUCUGAAAUGCAAGAAGCAGGUAUGUGAGGAAGUGAUGGUGCUACACUUGGGUUCAUUAGAGUACACGCACUACGUGUUCAACCUACACUUCUACGGUCUAGAGGAGUUCCAUAAACGUUAUAAUAUACGUGAAAUCAUUUUUUACUUCAAAACCUACAAUCCAGUGUUCACACAAAUGGAGACCUGGUUCAGAUUCAUCUUCCUCCUCACAACAUUCAUUGUAGCCUGUUGGUUCGGCCACACGCUCCGUCGAUAUUCCACACAAGACUGGGCCAUUGAACAGAAGUGGGUCUCUAUACUACUACCGAUGCUACUACUGUAUAAUGACCCCCUGUUCCCUCUCCGCCUCAUAUCAAGCGGUGUGUUUUCUCCUCUCGUGGAUGUCAUCUUACAAACGUCGUUCUUAUCAUCAUUAUUACUGUCGUGGCUGGCGCUCUAUCACGGACUAAGACAGAACGAGAGAGGAUUUGUAUCUUUCUAUCUGCUGAAAGUUAUAAUAGUGGGAAUGAUCUGGGUGCCGGCCAUGGUGCUUGGGUUUUGGCAAAAAUACUACGGCUACUACGACCCUACAUACAAUUACUAUAUGAACCCUAAUUAUCCGGUGGUGAAAAUAAUGUUCUUCGUGGCUGUGACGUUAUAUUUCCUGUAUCUACUCGUCCUUAUUGUUAAAGCCUAUAGUGAUUUACGUAACAUGCCAUUUUUCGACGUCCGUCUCCGCUGCCUAUCCCUAUCAGUGUGUAUCGUGUGUGUCGUGUGUUCGUGUGUGUGCGCGCGUGGCUGGGGCCCGGCGGGGCUGCAGGACCACUGGGCCUCUCAGGCCUCCGCACGCUACGACACGUCCGCGACAUUCAUGGCGCUAUACGGACUGUUCAACUUCAACGUGUACAUCAUGGCAUAUCUGUUCUCGCCAGGAACGGGCGCUGUACACGAGACGGCCAUAACCAAAGACAAUCCAGCGUUUUCUAUGAUCAACGAUUCCGAUGAAGAAGUUAUCUAUGGCUCGGACGAAGAAAGCAGACGGCCUCUUAACUCUCACUCACAUAGAGCGGCUACAGAAGAUAUAUGA